AAUGCACGUGCAGGUGUGGACGCGGCUCCGCAGUGCAUCAACCACAGGCAACGGGUCAAAACCAGCGGCCUGUGAGCUGCGUGUCUGAGGGGGAGACGUGGAGGAGAGAGGGGUGUGUUUGUUUAUUAGCUCUACCUGUCCCUGCCCGGUAGGCGGUGAUAACGCGCGCGUGUCCCUGUGUGUGUGCGUGUGUGUGUGUGUGUGUGCGUGCGUGUGUGCGCACGCGUACGUACGUGCGUGUGAUGGGGGGCGGAGCCGCUCGGACAUGAGUAAAUGACGUCAGCUCCCAGGUCGCCGAGCAGUGAAACAAACAUGGCGACAGAAUGGAGCGGGCAGCAGGGUUAUGUUCUCACUGUCAUCAUCUGCCUGUGGAGCGCGGUCGGCGGGCGGACGGAGACGGCGGUCGCGGCGGCGGCGGCGGCGGCAGCAGCGGGGUCCGGCAGCAGGGGCAGCGGCAGCGGCGGGAGCCAGGUGCUCGGCAUGCGGCUGGAGAGGAGCGACAAGCCCGCCACCACCAAUGACGACGGUGUCAUCCAGGUGACUGAGGAGAGCUCCAUGCAGCUCCGGUUCUACGGGGUGCAGCUCCACUCGGACGCCUGGAAGCAGAUUCGCUUCACGGAGAUCCCGGACGGAGGCGGCGCUGGCGUGGACGGGGUGGAGGAGGAUGGGGAGGAGGUGGUCGCGGCUGCGAGGAGCGGCAGCGGCAUGAUGGACGAGCCGGACCGGACUUGUGCUGACUUCACGAAGGACAUCAGCAUCGGGACCUUCAUGAACGUCAGCAGUCACCGCACGUCGGGGCUGAUCUCCUUCCAGAUCAAGCCGCUCCGCAAGAGCGAGCCGCAGAAGGAGUACGCGCUGUGCACGCGGACGGAGGAUGAGAGCAGGUGGGUGCUGCUGGGGGACAGUGAUGGCAGGUUGCUGGUGGUGGAGGAGAAGAAGUCCCUGCUGCCCAUGUGGCUGCAGGGCAUCGUCAUCUCCUGCCUGCUGAUGCUCUCGGGCAUGUUCAGCGGCUUGAACCUGGGGCUGAUGGCGCUGGACCCCAUGGAGCUGCGCAUCGUCCAGAGCUGCGGCACCGAGAAGGAGAAGAAUGACGCACGGAAAAUCGAGCCCAUCCGCAGCAAAGGGAACUAUCUCCUGUGCUCACUCCUCCUGGGGAACGUCCUGGUCAACACCACCCUCACCAUCCUGCUGGACGACCUGAUCGGAUCAGGUCUGGGCGCGGUGGUCGCCUCCACCGUUGGGAUCGUCAUCUUCGGGGAGAUCGUGCCCCAGGCGCUGUGCUCCCGCCACGGACUGGCCGUGGGCGCCAACACCAUCGUGCUGACCAAGUUCUUCAUGCUCCUCACCUUCCCGCUGUCCUUCCCCGUCAGCAAGCUGCUGGACGUGCUGCUGGGCCAGGAGAUCGGCACCGUGUACAACCGGGAGAAGCUGGUGGAGAUGCUGAAAGUGACGGAGCCCUACAACGACCUGGUCAAAGAGGAGAUGAACAUGAUCCAGGGCGCUCUGGAGCUCCGGACCAAAACCGUGGAGGACGUGAUGACGCCGCUGGGGAACUGCUUCAUGAUCCAGGCGGACGCGGUGCUGGAUUUCAACUACAUGUCGGAGAUCAUGGAGAGCGGAUACACCCGCAUACCGGUGUACGAUGACGAGAGGUCCAACAUCGUGGACAUCCUGUACGUGAAGGACCUGGCGUUUGUGGACCCGGACGACUGCACCACCCUGAAGACCAUCACCAAGUUCUACAACCACCCCGUGCACUUUGUGUUCCAUGACACCAAGCUGGACGCCAUGCUGGAGGAGUUCAAGAAAGGUAAAUCCCACUUGGCCAUUGUCCAGAAAGUGAACAACGAGGGGGAGGGAGAUCCCUUCUACGAGGUGCUGGGAUUGGUCACCUUGGAGGACGUCAUCGAGGAGAUCAUCAAGUCAGAGAUCCUGGAUGAAUCCGACCUGUAUACUGAUAACAGAAACAGGAAAAAGGUGGAUCCCAACAAAUGCAAACGUGACUUUUCCGCUUUCAAGCACGAUGCCGACAGUAAGGUGAAGAUCUCUCCCCAGCUCAUGUUGGCAGCUCAUCGUUUCCUGGCCACAGAGGUGAGCCUGUUCAGCCCGUUCCUGAUCACAGAAAAAGUCUUACUGAGGAUCCUCAGACACCCGGACGUCAUACAGGAAAUCAAGUUCAACGAAAAUGAGAAACGCUCGCCACAGCACUUCCUGUACCAGAGGGGUAAACCUGUCGACUACUUCAUACUCAUUCUGCAGGGGCGGGUCGAGGUGGAAGCUGGAACCGAAAACAUGAAGUUUGAAACUGGGCCGUUCUCCUAUUAUGGAGUCAUGGCUCUAAGUACACCAUCACUGGCUGUCACCCCUCCUCUCUCCCCAUCAGUGGCGUCCCCCCCUCCACGACGCCUCUCACUUAAGAGGUUUUCUCUGUUCUCUCGUUUCCCAGAGUUUCGAUCUCCAUCGCACGGGGGCAACCUCAACCGCUCAGCGUCACUGAGCUGCACUGAGCGCGCUCCGGAAAGUGGCUCCGUCGGUGGGAGCAACACCCAGAUCCCAGGCACGCCCUUCCAGUACAUCCCAGACUUCUGCGUGCGUGCUCUCACUGACCUGCAGUUCGUCAAGAUCACUCGUGCUCACUACCAGAAUGGUCUCCUGGCAUCCAGGCUGGACAGCACGCCGCAGUCUCCAGAGCGCAGUCACACUCGUCUGGACACGUCCAUCUCUUUGCCCCCCAUCACGCCACCGGGGACACGCACACCACUGCCACUGGCCACACCUCCUGUAAAGCGGCCAGCCUCCACCAAGCAGCCGACACCACCGGGCAGCCGCGCCGCUCUGCCUCAGACCACCUCGUCCUCCUCUUCUAGCCGCAGGCCAAGCCAGGCUCUGCCCCAAGCCACUCCCCUUCAGAGCAACCACACCUCCCUCUCCCAAACCCACCUGUCCUCCGUUAGUACGGCACCGUUUACCCUCAACCCCCACCCUAAUCUGCCCUCCAAGCCCCAGCAGUCGCCGCCCUCUGCUGGAUCAGAGAACGGGCCGGGAGAGACCACCACUCUGCUCAGCGAGCAGCAGAACUGUGUGGGCCCCCGCAGGCCAAGCCAUACCCAGGCCCACCCCCACCCACACGUUCACACCAUCAGUCACGCACAGACUGAAAGCACCAUCUAACUGAGCUCCCCUCGGGGAAACCAAACUACCUGUGCAAUCACAUGACACACAUUGGCACUACUACUUGUUCCUGUUUGCUUGUUGUUGCCUGAACUUUUCUGUAGACGUCAGAGGGAAGCUGAGGAUCAUCAUGUGUAUUUUGUAAACAGAGAUCCUCCUUUAUCCCCUCUUGCAUGCCCCCCCCCCCCAACCCAACACUGAAAAACACCAAGAACAGAGAACAAAGAGGGCAGAGGAACAGGGAACACUAGUGAGUUAGAAAUGUACACAGAGCUGUGUGUGUGUGUGUGUGUGUGUGUGUGUGUGUGUGUGUGUGUGUGUGUGUGUGUGUGUGUGUGUGUGUGUGUGUGUGUGUGUGUGUGUGUGUGUGUGUGUGUGUGUGUGUGUGUGUGUGUGUGUGUGUGUGUGUGUGUUUCAAAGGAUCAGUUCACCCAAAUUGUGCAAUUUUUCAACAUUUGGAGAGCAGCACAAACAAAUUUCCAUUGCGCUUUAUUGUAGAUUGAGUGGAUGUCUCAAACCCUGAGCUCAUACAACUGGAGCUGCAGUGAUUAAUGAAUUUUAUUAAUCACUGCAAUCUUCAAAUUUGAGAAUCUGAAGUAUUGCUGCUUUUCUCCUUGCAACAGAGGAAGCUAAACAUUUACAUGAAUGCCAUUUCUAAAUAGUGUUCACACCAUGCUAAACAUGUUCUAUUUCCAGUUUAGAUCACUGUUACUCAAUGAUCUUGACUUUAUGUUACAUGUAUUAAGUCCAGCUCAUAAUGUGAGUGGACUUCCUAUAUGUUUCAAAAAUAACAAAACAAAUAUUUUAUAAUUCCAUUUAGUUUAAUUCCAUUUCUGCUCUCAGUGGAUUUUAAUGCACUCAGUGUUUUCCAGGUGAAUCAGUUGCAGGGCAGAAAAACAUUUAUUUGGCUUCAUUAUUUAUGCUGAUUUUGUUUUCUGGUGAGUUAUCCACCAGUACACCAGGGGGGGCUGCUCCCUUUAGCUUACAUCAACACACAAUUGCAAACAUUUGCUGUUUCCAGCUUCUCAAAAGGAUUCUAAUAUCUUUGGGUUCUGAGCUCUGGGAAAAUUAUAAAAGGCAAAACACAUAAUUGCUUAUCCUUGUUUGCAGCCCCUGAGUUUGUCGAUCUCAAAGUGUUUUUUUGGUGUGGAGUGACCCUUUAAGUCAUCACCAGUAAGACACUAACAGAAAACGUACAUUCCCACCUGGUGUGUCCAGAUCAAGGCUGAUCCCUCAACCUUGCUAGAUAAUUUACUGUUCAGAGAUGUUAGUCUCUAAAUUUAUUUUUAUUUUUCCAAAGAGUGAAACUUCCACAAAGCUGUGACAUUGACAGUGAAGGUUUUUUUUUGUCAGCACGUGGGAUUUUUUAUAGAUCGCCUGUUUGACUGAGUAUGUUCUGUGGAGUUGAGCCUGCGUUUGUUAGGCAGAGCCGUGACAGCCUGGUGUGAAAGACUAGUGCUGUGAAGGUGGCUGUGUUUCUGGCACACCUCCCAACUAUGGCAAUAUGUUUUAAAUUGUUUAAUUUCAAAGAGUGAUUUUAAUUUAAGAUAUUUAUUUUUGCUGAAUAUUUAUUUAUAUGUAUUUGACAUUCAAUGUUUUGUUUCAUAUUAUAGUUUAGAUUUGAUUGAUUUAAUUGCCUUUUCUGGUUCAUGGAAACACUGCAGAGUAAACAACGAACAUAGUGCACACAGAAUAUGACAAUAACUGCACAGACUCUUUUAGUAUGAUCGUUAUCCACUAAACAUCGCCGCUAAAUAUUCCUCACUGUGAAUAGAGCUUGGUCCGACAGCAGCUCCUGCUCAGAGCUUCAGAGGUCAACAUGGGAACGACUCACCAAACUGGACGUCAGCUGCGUUACUGUGCAUUUCAUGUGUGUCACAACUCUUGGCUGUAAAUAUAAUGGAUCUCCGAGCACCCAGUUUGGGUUGAAGAAAAGGGGACACGUGACUUGAAGACCAAAUAACCCGUUAGUUUAAGGCCCACAGUUAUGAGUGGAAAGUAUGUUCACAGCACAGUUGGAUGGCUUCUCAGUUCAAUGCCAUCUGUCAUGCAAGUUUAAUGAGGACAUCUCUACAUUCUCUCUACACAAGACUUCUUUAUUGUGGUGUCAGAUAACAAACUGUAACCAAGACCCGACCACACUCAUUUUCUCAGAUCCUCUGGACUGUUUGAAUCCUAAGGAAGGCUGUAGCUGCGAGUCAAACAUUUUGUUUACUAGUUUUUGGUUUGUUCAGUUAUAUUUUCUAAUAGUUUUAUAUUAUGGAUAAAUUGUUUUUUCAAGAAAUAAUAAUUUUGAAAAACAGUUUUUUGCUUUUUUUUUGUUGAGAGCUAGAUGAGAAAAUGUAUGUUACUCACACAUCUGUGUGAUGUUGGAUGAGCUUGGCAUAGAGACUAGAAACAGUAGGAAACAGCCUGCUUCCAUCACAAAGGUCCGGAUAGUUCCUACAGCACAUCGUAGGCUCACUAUUCCACAUGUUGUAAAGGUGCUCGAUGCUUAUGCUGUUGCUACACAGAUGUUAACAUUAACAGAUGUUAACACCUUAUUUAGCAGAAACUGAUUUAAGCAUCAAAUUUCAUUAUUUCACUUGCCAAGAGCAGCCUCCUACUUCUAUCACUUCUUAGUUUUUACUGAAGUUUAGCAUGUUAACCAGCACGUUCACCAUCAGAGAAGACUUACAAAUAGCACAUUUAAUUAUUUUAAAAAUCCCAAUGUUUUGGUUUUAUGGACAGUUAUGGGGAGUGAUGUGAUGGAACUAUUUCUUCUUCCAAAAAAAAAAAAAAAUUGUUUUCAAAUUUCCCUUUUUAUACCCUACAAGGUAAAAAAGUGGAUAUGACCUGGCUAUAACUUCUGGCUCUAACUUCAUAUUUACUGAAACCCUGAGAGCCAAGAAAGCAAAGUAAACAGGUUUCAUAAUGUGUUUUUGAAAGUUUUCAAAUAGGUUUUCUUUUAGAAAGUCACAAACAUGUAUAGUUCACCAUAACUACCUAAACAAUAUUUCCUUGUCUGAACUCACUGAAUGCUAGUGGAUAAAAUGGGUGUAAAAUAUUUGCUAAUAUUCAAAACUUUCCAGACAAAGUUAAAACCUAGAUGUGGAGAAUAAUACUCUUAGUUAGCGUAGAGCAGGAUAACUGGCUUGUGGUCAGAAGGUUAAAACCCCUAUAAAAUGAAUGUCUGAAGCUCAUUCAUAAGAAAAUUAUAUCUUUAUAACUUGUGAACAAAACGACAUGUUGUGGUUUCACUGGUGGUUAUGGGCCACUGCCCUUUGGCGGCAGUGAUUUCGUGAAGAAAACUGACACAACUUGUUGUUUUUACACUACAAAUUGAGCACAAAGAUAUAAAUUAGUGAGCUUUGUGAAAGCUUUUGAAAAGCCAUGUGGCUCCAUGGACAGAUAUGAGAGUGGCAUCGGUCAUCUCACCUAACUCUCAACAAGAAAGCAGGGAAGCACAUGUGUUUAUUCACCUUGAGCGAAGUCCAAGGUUAAGGGUUGAGUCUUGAGAACACUCACAGCACAAGAACUUGUCGAGAUUUUGAUGGACAGCAAACAUUCCACAGCGUGUCUGAUUCACACCAGUGAUGUUAACCAUGUCUUUACUGGGGAACAGGUUUAGUCUGCAAACCCCCUGUGUUGACAGCAUUUUUCACAAUUUCCACAAGGUGUGUGUGUGGGUGUGUGUGUGUGUGCGCGCGCGCGCAUCAUUACAUUCCAAACAAGGGAUUAUUUCACCUACAUUGUGAACACAUUGUGAAUACUUUUUAAUUUGUGUGUAAAUGAUGUUGCACCUAUUCAACCUGUGUUUGGAGGACGUUUGGUUGUGUUCCAGUGGACUGAUGACGCAGACAUGAAGAGAUUAACGCGAGGACGACUGAAGCCGCUCACUCCUCACUCUUGUGCGGGUGAAGGGCUGAGCUGAGAUGUUUAAGCUGCUAGCAUGUAAUCUACCUAUAUUUUUCCUAUGAAUGCAGUGACACUGAAACAACAAUUUAAGCGACUGUAAAGACAAACUAUUUUGUUGAUGAUAUAGUGGAGGAUAUUUAUUUGAAAAGAUACAAAUGGACAAACCUGAUGUAUAAGCUAGCACUGAUUUGAAAACACUUUAAACUUGUUGGUUAUGUAGCAUAAGUCUGAGGAAAAAAAAGAGAAUAUUCCAAAGCAUUUCUUUUUUUUCUUUCUGAGGGAUGGUUUGUGGAGUGAGAUGAUCAAGGCCGGAUUACCAACUGGGUAAAAUCAGGCUGUUAUAUUUCUAAUUAUAUAUUAGAAGAAAGAUUGUGUAUAUGCACCAUUAAACCCCUGUAUAACAAAGGGCACAAAGGUUUAUUUUCUUAGUGUAAGAUUUUAUCUCAAAAAGGAUCUCACUGUGCCCACAUGUUACAUAUUGUUAAACUGAUUAGAGCUUUAUGGAGCAAACCUGGAACUAGGCUGUGUUCCAGCAUACCACAGAAUUCAACACACAGUACAUAGGAAUGGGGGGAAAUGGGGGAAAUGAUGGAGGCCCAGCAGCUCAUUUUUACCCCGGGGCCCCCCUCCCCAGGUGAAUCCGGCCAUGGAGAAGAUUGUGAACACCAUAGAUCUUAUUGCAAAUACACAGUCGAAAUAGCCUUACCGUGUAUUUCUGGAAAAUAUAGACCUGCCUGCUGGUUCAUAUAGGUCUUGUGUAGCAAUUGGUCCUGUGCUGGUUUCCAGUGAAGCCACUGGUUGGCUGUGGGAAAUGUGAAAUCAGUUGUUCUUAGUAAUUUAUUGUUAGCGUUUUAUUUAUUGUUUUCUUUUUUUUGUGUUAGAGAUGCACACCCGAGUGUGUGGUUCUGUGAAACGGGCUUCCAGCUGUUCCUCACAGCUUUUAUUGGGUCACUUUACCCUGAAACACUGUGUUCAGUUCUCUGAUUGCUCUUUGUGUUAUAUUUCUGUAAAUACUCUGUACAUGGGCAUUUGUGUGAUGCUGAGAGAGAUGUUGAAAAUAGCUCUAUUUAUAAUAAGAGGUGAUGUUAUUUUAAGUUUUGUUCCCGUUGUUUUACUAGGAAGGCAUUACAUAGCAAUAAACGUUGCACAGAGUUGACCUCAAAUAAUUUACUCUAUCUUCUGUAGCUUGCUUCUAUUUUAUUUUUCAUUAGACACGACAACCAAAGCUUCUUUUGUAGCCAAAAUCCUUGCUCCUCUCCUCCCCCCUUUCCUGUCUUCCAUUGCUAUCCUUUAUCUCCCUCUUUUUUUCCUUCUCUCCUCCCAUUAAUCCUUUUUUAUCACAAGUCACUCCUUUUCCUCGUCUACUUUUCACCCUGCACUGCUCUUGACUUCAUUCCCGCUGUUCAGAAGUAUUGAAAUUCCUCCAGGUUGGACUACGGGUCCAAUCUGUUAAGCUGUUUUCAUUGUAGUGGGGCUGGAGCCGGGGUUGGAGGGGGGCAGGACUUAUCAGCAGCUUCUGCACUGUUGUUUUUUUAGUCCUGCAGCAGUGUGAUGAUUAGACCUGCAUGAAGGUUAAACAUUUUCUGGCGCAGUUUCUCAGGCCAGUGACUUUUUUCCACACUGUGUAUCAUUCACAAGGGAACCUCUUGAGGUUUUAAGCAUGUGGAGCGAUGCAGAAACAAGGGGGAGGAGAGUGAACCAAAACAUGUUCUUUCAUCUAAUGUCAUCCAUUUUUAUAUAUAUAUAUUUAGGUUUGGAUUCCUUUGCACACAGAGAUAUUGAGGCAGUAUUUUUUCAGAUUUGAGUUGCAAUGCAGAUAAAUAAUCAUUGGUAACCAUGACAAUCUAAUGGUUAAUAAUAGUUCAAAUCAAGGCAGUUGACUUGGAUUCAUAAACUCUCCAUACUAAAGUGAAAUAUAAUUUCCUUUUUUUUUUUAUUUCUCCAGGGUAUAUGCAGUAGAUGAUAAUCGGAUACUGCUGCAACAUGUUUGACUUGAAUUGCUGUGAUUUGUUUUGUCUUUUAUUGUAAUGGUGGAGCAGAGCGGGAGGAGCACUUCCAAACACGGACUGCGUAACUUAAAGCAAUGUGUACAAACUAUUUUAUAACUACUGUAAGGCAUUUGAAGAAAUCUAUGGGAUUAAUAAACCUGAGAUAUAUUUCUCUACAGAAAA